AUGCCAAUUCACCUCCUGCCAGCUGUUUCUCCUCCUAAGACUGUAUUGAAACAAGUAGAGAAGAUUGCUGCUAACUUUUUCUGGGGAAUGGAUAAUAACAAAAGAAAGUACCACUGGGCUUCAUGGCACAAAUUAUGCUACCCUCUAGAGGAAGGUGGCUUGGGAUUCAGGAAAAUGGAAGACAUUUGCAAGUCCAUGGAAUACAAGCAAUGGUGGCACUUCAGAACUUCUCAAUCACUUUGGAGCAAUUUCCUAAAAGCCAAGUAUUUUCAAAGAUCUAAUCCUAUCUCUAAAACAUGGCAUACAGGUCAGUCACUGGCCUGGAAAAGGCUAAUGACCAACAAAAGAGAAGUAGAGAAGUAUAUUUACUGGAGGCUUCAUACAGGGAAUUGCAGUUUCUGGUGGGACAAUUGGCUAGGAGUUGGUCCUUUAGCUUACCACAGACAUGAAGGAGGCAGGCCAGGAAAUGUUACAGUUUCCCACUUCUGGGACAAUGGCCAGUGGAGUAUCUAA